UACCAAACACUUCACUACUCUCUCCACGAAACAAAAACAAUUAUAGAGUUAAGUUACAAAAGAGUAAGGAGAAGAGAGAUGGCAAUUAGGUGUUUAGCUGUGGUCCUCGUUUCUCUCAUGGUGGCUCAAGCCGUCACUGCAACAAGACCUGCUCCAACCAAGAAUGUAGGAGCUGGUCUUGACGACCAAAAGAACUUUGUGGCGUUCGCUGGCGUUGGUGGAGCUGCUGGAGUUGGAGGAGUCGGUGGUAUUGGAGCUGGUCUUGGUGGUGUAGCCGGUGGGGUCGGUGGUGUAGCCGGAGUCUUGCCUGUUGGUGGCGUAGGAGGCGGAAUUGGUGGUCUAGGCGGUGGUGCAGGUGGUCUUGGCGGUGUAGGAGGUCUAGGUGGGGGUUCAGGUCUUGGUGGUGGAGUAGGUGGACUUGGUGGUGAUCCUGGCCUUGGUGGUGGUAUAGGUGGACUCGGUGGUGCAGGUGGUCUAGGCGGACUCGGCGGUGGAGGUGGUCUAGGCGGUGUUGGUGGCUUGGGUGGAGUUGGAGGUGGAAGCGAUUGCGGUGGCGUAAUUCCUCACCAUUGAUGUUAAACGUUGUUUUUUUUCUCUCUAUAAACCAAAGAUGUGUCGAGAGGUUCAUAAUUAUUAUGUUUUAAGUUCUUUUAUCGAUGUUUUAUUUUUAUGUCUUUGUUUGUUUUCUAUAUAUGUUUCUUUUUGGUUAUGCUGUUUGUUAUUGUUACUUGUGAUGACUGAUGAGAACCUUGUGCUUUCAAUAAAUAGUGUGUUUUUUUGUAUUA